AUGGACAACAAAAGAAAGUGUGGCUUUCUGUUGAGCAAAUCAGCGAAGGAUCCUUCAAGCAACGGGGCGGCACACGCUGCCAUUCACCACGCCAAGCUCUGGUACACGUCCUCCCACCACACUUCUCUGGACCAGAGUUCAUCUCCGCUGGGAGGGACGUCCCCCACCUGCCAGUACACUCUACCCUUCCCCCAAGACGACUUCCCCCUCAGGAAGACAGCGUCGGAGCCCAACCUGAAGGUGAGGUCCAGGCUGAAGCAGAAGGUGGCAGAGAGGAGGAGCAGCCCCCUGCUGAAGAGGAAAGACAGCACCAUCAUGACCCCCUACAAGAAACGGGCCCUGGAGCUCAUGGAUUCGACGCCCACCAGCAGUGCCCCUGGCUCUGGCCCCAGCUCCCCGAUCGGGGCCUCCAGCGCCCUGGGGGCUGAAAACGGACCCUCCUCUCUUCCCACCACCACCAAAACUGAGCGCUGGCCCUCCCAGCCAAGGUUAUUCCAGCCGGAGGGCUCGCUGUCGAUGCUAAGCCUGUACACAUCCCCCUCCCUCCCCAACAUCACCCUGGGACUCAACGGUGCAUCCUCUCCCAUCAACGCUGCCAUAGGGCUGAAGGAGAAGGCCGGGGAGAGGAUGGUGAUCAGACACGGGCUCCCGGGACAGCUCCUGGGCCCUGUGCCCCUGCAAACGGGGAUGGAGACCAAGGUCAGCCCCAGCCACCAGGCUCUCCUCCAGCACCUCCUCCAGAAGGAGCAGAUGAGGCAGCAGAAGAUACUGUCCUCUGGGCAAGGGUCCAUGCCCUCCCUCCCUCACUCCCCUCUGGCCAUGAAAGAUCGCCCUUCCUCCAACGGUCGGCCCAAACUGCCCAAGCACCGGCCUUUGAACCGGACCCAGUCUGCGCCUCUUCCCCAGAGCACCCUGGCCCAGCUAGUCAUCCAGCAGCAACACCAGCACUUCCUGGAGAAACAGAAACAAUACCAGCAGCAGAUCCACAUCAAUAAGCUGCUGUCCAAGUCCAUCGAGCAGUUACGUCAGCCCAACGCACACCUGCAGGAGUCCGAGGAGGAGGAGGAGCACCGGGACGAGAGGAUGCAGGAGGACAGGCUGCCUCCCGGUGGCGUGAUCCGGAAGCACACCCUGAGCGGCAGCAGCAGUGGCGGAUCCAAUGGGGAGCUCUCCGACGCCCACCACGGGGUCAUCAAGGUCAAGGAGGAGCCGGUGGACAGCGAGGACGAUCAGAGCCUGGAGAUGGAGCAGAGGGCCUAUCUCCACCAGGUCAAAGGGAGACUGGUGAUAAGAGCCAUGAUCUGAGAGGUGGGGGAGGGGGACGAGAUCACACACUCAAACAUUCGCAGACGCAAACACACACACGCGCACACACACACGGGCUGCAGCCGUUGUACAGAGUAGGCCUUCCCUCCUGCCCUGAGCAGUUACCCCCAGCUCUGCAGCCUCACCCAUCACCCCCGGACUCCGUUUGUGAACUUUGUGAAGUGAUCUCUGUAAAGUAUGUUUAAACGUUGUGUACAUAAUAUGAUGAGAAUUUAGAAUGGUGAUUCUUUUAAAUCUAAGGAACUGCUUUGGUUGUUACAAGUCUGCUCGUGUGACAAAUGUAAACGGUGAAUUUAGCUUCAGGGAAGGUUCCAGAGCUUUGGAAAACUCCAACAGUUGUACAGUUAUGAAAGCCAUUUAAUGUUGCUGUCUUGUACAUUUUCUUUUGCCAUUAAUUCACUUUGAAUGCAGACUGUUUUAAAGCUGAAGGUUAUCAUUCUGCGAUGAUUUAAGAUGUUUUGAAUUGUCACGUUCUCUGUUGUUCUUCAAGAAGCUGUGAUGUUUUGUGUCCAGUGAUCGCUAAACCGAAUUAAUGAGCAUGCUCAUGUCUAUCUGAGAGAGAAUGUAUUCCUUUAACCUGAACAGAUAACUCACCCGUAGGACAUACUUUACACAGGGAGAGACAAUACUUUGAAUACUGAAAUCACACUUCAUAUGGAAUCGCAGUUUGGAGGGAUACGACAACAAAAGAAAUCUGUAUUUGUUGGGUGUGCAGGCCAGAUCCCAGGCCUUCCAAUCCCAGAACUGGGCUCUGUCUUAGGCCCAGAUCUCCUUUUCCCUCUCUCCCUCCGGGUCCAAAUCAAAGCUCAGCCAGGUUCCUGCCCAGCUUUCAGCAGAGGAGUCACUGAGAAAGGGCCGGGCAGGAAAUGCCUUGGAGAAGCCAGGAGUCGGAGUGAUUCAUGUGUGGAGGAAUGUUGGGAGAGGAGAACCCGGGGUUGUAGGAGUCCAAGGGGCCAGGCUUGAGAAUUGAUUUACUGUCAAGGCGAAUUACAAAGUGAGUGGGGAUAUGGUUAAGGGAGUCCUUUUUUUAAAGGGAAUCGCUUCCUUCGUAUUCCCCGGUGACACGCUUACCUCGACACGCAGGUUUGAUGUUGCUUCGAUAAAAAAAGAAAAAAACUGGUUGGGACCUUGCAAAUUUUUUUUUUUGGGGGGGGGAAGGUUUCUCUCCUCCCCUCGACCCCCUGAAAGUGCCCGAUGUAACAUGUUAAACUGUCUUAAAGUGGUCGAUCAAUGUAUUGUAUAGCUGUAAACCUUCUUGUUUCUUUUGUACUGUCGGUUGUGUUAGUGUUGGGAUUUGCGUUCCUGUGAGAGACAAAAAAACCUCCAUCUGUUUGUUUUAGACUGUACACUCAAAUCAUCCAGUUAGAAUGUUUUAGUGUAAAAAUCACCACAGUCUGAACAAUGUGGGUCUUGUUCUCCUGCUCGUUUGAUUCAGUUGUAAUGAGAACCCCUUCACUGCCAUGGAGGGGGCCGCUGAGCUGUUCAUAGCUGUUUGCAUUUUUUUUCUUUCUUCUCUUUUCUGCCUUGUGUGACAAACUUUUCUUUUUUAAAUAAAGUUCAUUCCCCUACAAUGUA